AUGGUAUGUUUACUUCCUAUUUUUCAGGGCACAACAUCUAAACACGUACAGUGUAAGACCUGUGGCCGCAAUUUAACCGAUUGCGUCGGUCAUUUUGGCUACGUUGAUCUCGAGUUCCCCGUGUUUCAUGUAGGGUUUUUCAAGCUUACUAUACAAGUGCUGCAGUGUAUAUGUAAGCAUUGUUCUGGACUACUACUACACGAGGAGCAACGGGCACAUUACUUGAGACAAAUUUCCCAUUCGAAUCUGGACUACUUGCGGCGAAAAGUUCUACAUAAAAACAUAGUGGCUACAUGUAAAAAGACGACUUCCUGUCCGAAGUGUGGGCAGCGAAACGGUAUGCGGAGAUUCACGACUGUUACGGCAGCAAACGAAGAUUUCUCAGCUGUCCUCGUCAGGUCGAAGUUUACGUUGUUAAAUCCAUUACGUGUUCAGAAGCUGUUUAAUAAUGUCUCAGCAGAGGAUAUUCCAAUAUUAAUGGUGAAAUCUGGUGAAAGAAAACAUCCUAAUGACCUAUUAUUGACAAGAAUCCCUGUGCCACCAGUCUGCGUUCGACCAUCCGUUAUAUCAGAGGUGAAAUCUGGUACAACCGAGGACGACUUAACUAUGAAGUUGUCUGAAAUUAUACUCAUUAACGAUGUACUUCAAAAACACAAGAAAGAUGGUGCCCCAAUCAAGACAGUAACAGAAACAUGGGAUCAUUUGCAGUCGCUCCGCGGUUUUACACAACGUCUGAAAGGAAAACAAGGGCGGUUUCGUGGCAAUUUGUCCGGUAAGAGAGUAGACUUCUCUGGAAGAACGGUAAUAUCACCGGAUCCCAACCUACAGAUUGGCGAGGUCGGAGUGCCAGUACAUGUCGCCCUAACAUUAACCUUUCCCGAAGUCGUCAACAGCUACAAUAUAAGCCGUAUGAAAAAACUAAUAAUGACGGGCUCGGACAAUCAUCCUGGUGCCAAUUACGUUGUUGAUCGCGUUACGGGAACAAAACGCCUUCUGAAGUGA